CGGCGGCGGAGGAGGAGGAGGAGGAGGAGGAGGAGCCGGCCGCACCGGAGCGAUUCCUCUUCCCGUCGCCGCGCUCGGGGCCGGGGGGCGGCGGCGGCGGCUUCUCCUCCUCCGUCCCCCCCCCCCCCCCGGGGCCCUCGCCCGCCGCUCGCGGCGCUUCCGCGGGGCUCGGCGGCCGCCGGGCUCGGGGACGCCGCCCGCCGCCGCCCGCCAUGCUGCCCGGGGCGCCGCCGCCGCCCGCCGCCUUCCCCGGGGCGCCGCCGCCGCAGCCGCCGCCGCCGCCGCCCGCCGCCCCCCACGGGCCGCCGCCGCCCCCGGGCCGCGCGGCGCUGCAGAUCCGGAAGAAUGCCAUCACGGACGACUACAAGGUCACCACGCAAGUGCUGGGGCUCGGCAUCAACGGGAAAGUUUUGGAGAUCUUCAGCAAGAAGAGCGGCGAGAAGUUCGCCCUCAAGAUGCUGCAGGAUUGCCCUAAAGCCCGCAGAGAGGUGGAGCUCCACUGGAGAGCAUCCCAGUGCGCGCACAUCGUCAGGAUCAUGGACGUCUACGAGAACCUUUACCAGGGAAGGAAGUGUCUGCUCAUCGUCAUGGAGUGCUUGGAUGGUGGGGAGCUCUUUAGUCGAAUUCAAGAUAGAGGAGACCAGGCCUUCACCGAACGGGAGGCUUCAGAGAUAAUGAAGAGCAUCGGGGAAGCCAUCCAGUAUUUGCACUCGAUCAACAUUGCGCACCGGGAUGUGAAGCCGGAAAACCUCUUGUACACCUCAAAAAGGCCCAAUGCUGUGUUAAAACUCACUGACUUUGGCUUUGCUAAAGAAACUACCACACACAACUCCUUGGCCACUCCGUGCUACACACCUUAUUACGUGGCCCCGGAGGUGCUGGGCCCGGAGAAAUACGACAAGUCCUGUGACAUGUGGUCCCUGGGCGUCAUCAUGUAUAUCCUGCUGUGUGGGUAUCCCCCCUUCUAUUCCAACCACGGUCUGGCCAUUUCUCCGGGCAUGAAGAAGCGCAUCCGAAUGGGCCAGUACGAAUUUCCCAACCCCGAGUGGUCUGAAGUGUCAGAAGAAGUUAAACAGCUGAUCCGCAACCUGCUGAAGACGGACCCGACGCAGCGCAUGACGAUAACGGAGUUCAUGAACCACCCCUGGAUCAUGCAAUCGAUGCAGGUGCCCCAGACCCCGCUGCACACCAGCCGCGUCUUGAAGGAGGAGAAGGACUUGUGGGAGGACGUGAAGGAGGAGAUGACGAGCGCGCUGGCCACCAUGCGAGUGGACUAUGAACAAAUCAAGAUCAAGAAGAUCGAAGACUCCUCCAACCCUUUGCUCAUGAAGAGGCGGAAGAAAGCCAACCCCGCUGAGCCGGCAGCGCUCCCGCACUGAGGGCGCCCGCGCCCGCUGGCCCUGGAGAAAGCAAUAACUAUAUAUAUAUAUUUUUUAAGAAAAAGACAAAAAGAGACAGACUGUUAUAUCGAGCGCAUGGAAUUCAGACAUUUAUACCAGACUAGUUAUUUUUAGCUACUCACCUGUGUUUCUGACCUUUCUGGAGCAGGCGAUGAGAUAUCCCUGUAAGAUCCACACGCUUCGGCCGGGGGGUUUUGUCCCGUAGGAGAAUGACGCCGAUAAUCGGAUUUUUUUUUUUUUCUCCUUUGUGAAACAGUUUUGGUUUUUUUCCUUCCUUCCAAAGACAUGGAGAUUCCUGUGGUGACCUUUUUAGGGUAUAUGACGUAUAAAUGUUUUUUAAAAACUACUGUAGAGCUGAACCCCGGACAGUGCGGUCCCUGCGCGACGCGCUGGGUGGAGACAAGGGCUUCUGGCUUUGUGGCGAUGCCGACGCGGUGGCCUGUGGGGCAGCGGCAGGGGAUGGGGCUGGGCCGUCCUCGGCCCCCGGGCCCCUCUCCUCACCCGCUGGCUUGGGAGGUCCCUGGGGAUGGCUCGUUUCUUUGCUGGCCUGGAAAACUGCCGCUUUUAAAGCGUGGUAGCAGAAACCCUCCCUGAACUGGAAGCCUUGGCUCUACCCAGGCGCGCGCAGGGCUGUUCUCGAGUCGCGUGUGUGCGUGUUGGUGUUGCUGUCCGUCUGUGCGUGGCCUGUGCAUCGCCUGUGCGUGGGUGCGGCGGUGCGGGCGGGCGCCCGUGUCCCCGCGCCGUCCGCCGGCGUCUGUCCGUGUGCCUGGACCUCAGUUCUGAUCUCAGGGAGUUUGGGGAGGAGGGACGGGCUCGGCGCUGCCCCCAGGGCGCCCCAGCCCUCCUGGGAUUAGACCGGGGGCCGCGGGGACACCCGCUCGCCCGGGGUGCUGCCAGGAGCCCCCGCGGCGGGAUGGGGCGGCCCCGCAGCAGGAUGCUCCUGCCCCUGCCCCAAACUCAUCUCCUCCCGUCUGCAGGGACGCGGGAAAGACGCUUCCCUGCUGCCCCCCCAUCCCUUUCCCGCGCCGCCCGCAGAAGGGUCCGGGGUGCUGCCGGCUCCCCCCAGCUCUUGGCGGUUUGUUGGGGUGAUUUUCCCCCGGGAAAAGCGGGUGCCGGGAGGGCGAGGGGCUGCAAACACCCCGGAGCAGCGGGGCUGGGCCGGCAGCGGCCCCGGCCCUCGUCGCCCCGCACCGUGCUGGGGAACGAUCCUCUGCUCCCGGCGGCAGAACGGCUACUCGCAAGUCUUUAGUCCAUGAGUUAUUAUUAUUAUUUGUCAUAUUGUUUCACUGCGUUUAAUGUGUUCGAAUGGGGAAAAAAAAAAUUUUUUUAAGGAAAUGUUUAGUUUUUAGGUGAUCUUCUAGACACUGUAUGGAAUUUUAAUUUGUUUUAAAAACAGGUUUUUAUCUUUUUUUUUUUGUCUGUUGGCUUAUACUAAUCUUCCUGGUCUGCUCUUCAGUCCUUUGGAUUAAAGACACUUAACGCGUCA